CUUGUGACACCAUAAGCCGGAAGCGAGCGAACAAGGUCAAACAUGGCGGCCCCCAGUGUACUGAAGUCUGUGUGGAGCUCAUUUACGGCGUUAAACUACAACAUUAACGGGAAAUUAAGUGUUCUACAAAGGCUAACGAUACCGCAGUUAUCAUCUUCAGUGACCCAGAGGAGAGGAAUACGCCAAGUCGUGGAAAAACGGGAGGGAAAGACGGUAACUAUUGAAGGGAAAAUCCUGGAUCUUCCAGCUGCACCGCAACCCCCAAACCCUGCAGCAAAGUGUCCUAUUUAUAGAUGGAACCUGCAGAAUAAAUACAGCUACACGGAUGUGCUCCUGCUCAGCCAGUUCAUCAGGUCAGACGGAGGGAUGCUGCCCAAAAGAAUCACUGGCUUGUGUCCGCAGGAGCAUCGCAAGAUCGCAGAAUGUGUGAAGAUGGCUCACAGAGCAGGUCUGCUUCCUGACCACAGGCCCAAACUUCCAGAGGGUCACGUCCCAAAACCUAAGCCACAACUCAACAGAUACCUGACCCGCUGGUCCAUUAAUUCUGUCAAGCCCAUCUAUAAACGCGGACUAAAGUGGUGCAAGAAUCGCAUGUCUGUUGGAAGCCCACUGCUCCAAAACAAUGUGCGCUACAGUCCCAAGCCCCUUUACAUAAAACACUGAGGGACACGAAACCUGCACUAGCAAAAUAAGUCUUUGACUAGUGAUAUUUUUGUCAUUGACAUGCGACACCAACCCAGACUACAUCAAUAUUGUUUAUUGCCAAAAAAAACCCUUAGAGUGAACUAAUUGUGAUACUGUAUAAGGGAGAAAAGUCAUAUAAUUAAGAUUUUUUUCUGCAAACUGAAUGUCACUAACAAUAAACUCCUCACUCACAAUAAACUCCAUUUUAAAGCAUGAAGGGUAGGUCCA